CAGUCGUUGAGGUCGGUAGUAAUCAGUUGUUAGCGAGAUCCGACGCGGAUAGGACGCGUGUUCUUCGUAAAGGCCGACAUUGACGAACUUUCAAACACGUUCUGUGACAUAAAAUACCCUUUAAUUUUACACUAAAUGUGGAAGAUACAACUUAUAGUGACAUAAACAACUGAGAGUGAAGUGUUUCAGAAACUUUUUGGUGAAUAUCUAUCGAGAGAUAAGAUUGCCGUCAAAGAAACCGUUGAAUACGCAUGACGAAACAUGGGCAGCGGAGGCAACAAUACCACAUUACUUGAAGACGACGUCUUUUAUCAAAGUGAACUCACGUACAGUCGAGAGUUCAGCAGCGACAUUAUUCUCCCCUACGAAAGAUGGCCCAUUGAAAAAUGUUUAGAAGCAAACCUUUUUAACGAGACUAAUACUGAAGACAUAAUGAAUCUCCUUUUAUAUUACAAUGGCACUAAGGUGAUGUGCUUGGAUCACGCUCCAGUUUUGACGAAGAGUACGAUAGUUAGAGCAAGCAUCCUGUCUGCCAUGGCUGUGCUAUCGUUUUUCGGGAACUUAGCGACGAUAAUAAGUUUGAAGAUGGGGAAGAGGAGUAGAGGCCGAGCUAGACCUUCGUGGACAGCGAUAUAUAGUUUAAUAUUCCAGCUGAGUGUUGCGGAUUUGUUGGUGACUGUAUUUUGUAUAGCCGGUGAAGCGGCGUGGUCGUUCGCGGUACAGUGGUACGCGGGUAAUAUUGCGUGCAAACUUUUCAAGUUCGUUCAAAUGUUCGCUUUGUAUUUGAGUACAUUUAUCCUUGUGUUGAUUGGUGUCGAUCGAUGGCUUGCUGUUAAGUAUCCAAUGAAGAGUAUGGCUACGGCAACGAGAAGUGGACGUCUCGUAAUCAUCGCGUGGGUCUUAAGUUUCCUGCUAAGUAUACCUCAGGCUGUGAUUUUUAGAGUGGCAAGAGGGCCGUUUAUUGAAGAGUUCCAUCAAUGCGUGACGCACGGGUUCUACACAGAGCGGUGGCAAGAACAGGCUUAUACUACUCUGUCACUUAUCUUCAUGUUCAUACUGCCACUUCUAAUAUUGAUAUCAACUUACGUCUCCACUGUAAGGACUAUUGCACAGAGCGAGAAAGUAUUUAAACCCGAGGUGAUGAGGCCGGAGAAGUAUUUGACUCCAGACAUGAAUAGAAGAAGGCUGAUAGACCGAGCAAAGAUGAAGUCCUUGAGGAUGUCAGUGGUCAUUGUAGCAGCUUUCAUCGUCUGGUGGACGCCGUACUAUGUCAUGAUGAUCAUAUUUACAUUCCUGAACCCUGACAAAAACCAAAGUGAGGAGUUACUUUCCGGUAUAUUCUUCUUCGGGAUGUCAAACAGUCUAGUCAACCCUGUGAUAUAUGGCGCCUUCCAUUUAUGGCCGAAGAAGAAAGUUUCUCGACACAGUGACAGAGAGUCCGGUGGCCAACAAGCAUCUGUCUUCCGCCGCGACAACCAUACUUCUUCCGUCAGGUUGACAACCAUACGCUCUUUAAGAUCCUCUGCGAAAUAUUCCAACGGACAGAAUAUUAGUUUGUUAUAACCAGUGCGGAACUAUCUUAACUAUACUAUACGGGAAGAAGAGUACUCUACUAGUGUUAUGUUAUGAACCAACGAGGCUAAAAUGAUACCGUGUGAAAGGUUGAUCUAAAGACCUCAGUGGAAAUGUUUUGGCAUUUGUAAAUAGACACAUCAUAUAUAUUGUAAAAUAGUGUGAAUAUGUUUGUAUAAAUAUAUGUUGUAUAGAUGUUUAAAUUAAUCGAUUUUGUACAUUGACAAAGAUGUGUAAUUAUUCCGUGUGUAUGUGUUAUGCAGGUAAGUAAGGCGUCUAAUUCUCUUCGGUAUAGACUAUUACAUGUUAAUAUCAACCGAACAAAACUUGUUUCUUUAAAAGUCAAAAGUAAGUUGACAGAAUUUGGCCCAUCUUUGUCCGGAAAUAAAAGUAACAGUGCAAAAAUAUAGUGCAGUGAGAAAUAAAAGUAAAAGUAUCAGUCCUUACAUUUGAAUUUAAGUAAUUAAUUGUAUUACUUACUUCUUUUUACUCUCAUAAUUGGGCAGCUUUAGACCAUAUCCUAUCAAUUUUGGCAAAAGACCGUAACAGGUUAUAUAAACAUCAAAAAAAUAUGAAAUUAGAGAAAAUACGUUACUUUUUCCUCCCAGAGGGUUUAGCUAACAUGUGGCAUUGGCUUUCGAUAACGAUAAGUAUGAACUAGAAUGAAAAUGUAAGCGAAUCACUUGACAUUUCGUUGACUUAAUAUGUAUAUGUCAUGCAUUUUAAUUAUAUUUACACAUGGGUCAGAAUAUCGGGGGCCAUAGCGAAGUUGCAAUGAAGGACUUUCCAAUCGACGCUCCCCAAACACAUGAUAGAUGGCAUUGUUCAAUUUUGACGUGAUAAUUACCUAUUUAGGCGAUUCUCACACUGCCCCGCAUGAUGCAGCGUACCGCGUGGAUGCGUGUUCUUCCGUUGCGCGUUUAUGCGGAUGCAUUUUCCGUGUGUUAGACUGUGCGUGUUUUCUAUACAAACGGAGAUACUUACAAGCAACGGAAGAACACGCAUCCACGCGCUACGCUGCAUCAUGCGGGCAGUGUGAGAAUCGCCUUACUCAUUGUUGGGGUACAUAAUUAUUCAAAAAUGUAAUGCAAUGCGCGAAGCAUAUACAAAACUAAUUGUCGCUUGAUAUUUGGAUCACACCAUGUAUAGAAUGAUGUUGCUACCUACGUAUAUUGUUUCUUUUUAUUUUGAUCAGAAUAGUAAUGGGUGGAAGUUGUAAUUGUACCUUGGUGUAAUAAAAAGAGUCAUCAUUUAUACCCAAAAACAGCGAUAAAAGUUGCAUAAUCAUAUAUCUGUUAUUUAUGACGAACGAAGUUAGUUUAAGUUUAAACGAAGAUAAAACUUAACAACGCCAUCUAUCGUGUUUUUGGGGAGCGUCGAUUGGAAAGCACCUCAUUGAUUAUGGAUUAAUAGUCACUGUCGAUUGUAAGAAUCAAUCGAUUGUAAGGCAGUUGCACGUCGUGGAAUCUGCGUGGAGUGAAUUUUGUCGUGCGCCAUAUUUUUUAAUGAUGUUUGACAAUUGUGCUGGCCUAUGAUUGGUUAGCGGUGACAGCCAUCUUUAUCGGCGUCCUGUCAAUAAUGUGACUGAAACUGUGUAAUCGAGUGAAGUGUAUUUAUGGUUAUCCUCUCCACUUUAUCUUGUAAUGCAAAGCCCAGUUAAUGUAUCUCGAAAAAGUGAACUUUUGAAACGCUUUGUGUGUAAAUCGCAUAUUAAAGAGCACAGAUUUAUCCCGUCUAAAUCUAAAGAAAUGUUUGCCUCCGAUGCAAAAACUAUUUCUUGCAUCACGCAAAAAUAUUGUAAAAAAAUAAAAAUAAAUUAUUUAAUGAAUUAUCUCUCACAUUUUAACCCUACGAAACAAGCCCUAACUUAAAACAGAGGUCAUUAGGUCUUGUUUCCGGGUUCGAUAUUAUUUUCGUUUCGUUUUACGUUUAUCUGGAACUUUGAAAUUGUUUCAAGUCGAAUUAAAAUCUAUAGAAUAAUACCGAUCCGGUGACAAGACUCUAUCUUUCGAACAUCCCACUCACAGACCAAGUAGAGAUGCUCCUGUACAUUAAACCGCUUGACGCGCAGUCUUUUGCCAGAGGCUUUUUUAAUAAAUCUUACAAUUGUAAAUUACAAUGACAAUUUGAUGUACAUUGCCGGGUGUGUGAUCACGAAUAUUUUUCAGUUUCAUAUUAGCUACGUAAUGAACACCAAAUUGUCGUAAUUUACAAUUGUAAGUUUUAUGAAACAGGCCCCAAGUGAAAUUCGAUUAUUUAAAAAGGGCUACAGCCCCUGUACAAACUGUACAAUUUUAUGUGAUGUUGUGGCAUGUAAGUACCUGUAAAAUAUAAGGAACCACAGCAGAGGCAGUAAUACUAAGUAAGUAAUUAAAUAAAGCAACUAUUUUUUAAUAAGACUAAAACAGGGGAUCUGAAAUUGAUUGGAUUAGUAGUUCCCUUUGUAAUAGGAGAUAAAACGCAUACAUAAUAAAUACACUAAACUACGCUAAAAAUACAAAUACAGCCCAUAACAUUAAAUAGGUAGAGUCACAAAAGACCGGACCUCAAACCCGCAAAUGUACAUUACUUAUUGAUAGUGUUUAUAAAGUCAACUGUGCAGUAACAGUGAUCACCACAUCGCUCAAAUCUCCAAUACCAACCCCGCAAGCGUCGUCGGCGAUAAAGACCUGUAAUUUUGAACGCGGAGAAAAAUCCCCGUGGUUCACCUAGGUGGAGUAUGAGGUAGAUAACGGGUAAUAGAGGAUUCAGCGCUUAUCCCUAAGCAUUCAAUUCGAUUAAUUGUUUCAAAAAACUCUGAUGACGCUCUGAGCCAGGCUUGUUGUCUUAAAUUUUACCGGGUGAAGGCCCUCGGCGCUUCCCAUUUGUGAAGCUAACAAGCCAUGACAAGAAACUGCCCUUAUCAGUCAACUUGGCAGUCUCUAGAAAUAUGAUUGACCUUACGUGUACAGAGCUCUCAACUUCGAAAUAGGAAAGCGCAGGGCUGAAAUAACAAUGUUACUUUUUAUUAUCUAUGAUUUUUAUCUCCUACCUAGAAUUGCUAAAUGUAGAAAGUAUCAUGAAAACCUAAGUUGUCGUUAAUACAAAAAUAAGUUGAAUGAUUAACAGUCAUUUGUUUAAGUACAAAGGAGAUUAUAGUGAUAUAAAAAUCAUUGUCAAAA